AAAAGUGUCAUAGCCAUUGUAAAAAACUGAAAUUCAAUUUUGGCGUUCGACACGGUAUGUCCAAUCGCAGCCACCGUAGAGCCAACUUCUGCGCUUGCGCCCGUCUCAAAUCAACAAUGGCGGCCUCCCUCGGCGUGUGUAGGUUACAUUUUAGAAGUUUAGGAGGUCUUGAUAGAUUUUGUCUCGGAUUGGAACCUCAAACGCAAAGAAGAUGUACGUCAACUAUACCAGCAAUCAAAACCCCGACCGGGACCAAGACCGCAGACUUCGCGAAGAAGAGUAAAACAUUUCAAGCAAUCCAAGAGGAGCGACGAGAACAAGCUGAAAGAUCUGUUUUAAUCAGCUGUCCUGCUAAAUUCAGCGAAAAGAAGUUUUUAGAUUUCUUCUCCAAGCAUGGGACAGUCAACAAGCAUUUCUUCUACAACAGUUUUGGUGCGUAUGCGGUAGUUGAAUUCUCCAAUAAAGAGAGCAUAGCCUCCUUGAAGGAGAGCACAGGUAUACCAGCUGUUGAUCAUGAAGCUGCAGUGCCUUUUAAAUCCCGGCUGCUGUCACUGAAAUGGCCAGGCAUUCAGUCAAGCAACUAUCCCACGCCAAAUUUCAAGGAGCAAUCCCCUCCGAACAUCGGUGACAUUACCAAUCUGCUCUUGCAAAAGCAUAGUGUAGAUGAGCAGCUUCAAUGUUUGACAGAGACUUUACAGCUUACAGAGGAAAACAUAAGUCUGCGCUUCCUUGUCUGUUCUCUGCUUGGAGACAUAGCUGGAGCAUACUUCCCGGAAUGCAUCAUUAGGCCUUUUGGUUCUACUGUAAACAGCUUCGGCAAACUUGGCUGUGAUGUUGACAUGAUUCUGGAUCUAGACGGCAUAUAUGCACGAAGCCAGAAAAAGGGCUCGGGACUGUCUCUGGAGUACCAGGUGAAGACAGGGCCAUCAGAGCGGGCUGUGACACAGAGUAUCCUCUCAGUCGUUGGAAAAUGUGUGGACCAGUUUGGCCCUGGAUGUGUGGGAGUCCAGAACAUUCUCCAAGCACGAUGUCCUAUUGUCCGCUUUGCUCAUCAGCCUUCUGGCUUUCAGUGCGAUCUUACAGCCAACAACAAGGUGGCGAUGAAAAGUUCAGAGCUGCUUUUUCUAUAUGGGCAUCUGGACCCUCGUGUUCGGCAUCUGGUUUUUAGUGUGCGGUGCUGGGCUCGGGCUCAUAGCAUCACAAGCAGUAUACCUGGAGCAUGGAUAACCAACUUCUCGUUAACAGUCAUGGUAGUGUUCUUUCUACAGCAGAGGAGUCCUGCCAUGCUGCCCACACUGGACCGUCUGAAAGAACUAGCAGGACCGUCGGAUAAGUGUGUCAUUGAGGGCAAUGACUGCACUAUUGUCAGUGACCUUAGCAAGAUUGCACUGCAGAAGAACACAGACACGUUAGAAAAACUGUUGCAGGAAUUCUUCGAGUUUUAUGGCAAUUUCCCCUUCAACAAGGCAUCGAUCAAUAUUAGGAAGGGAAAGGAGCAGUCCAAACCGGAGGCAGCAGCUUUGCACAUACAGAAUCCAUUUGAAGCCACUCUAAACGUUAGCAAGAACGUUAAUGCAGCGCAGUUAGAACGUUUUGUGAAGCUUUGUCAAGAAAGUGCUUGGCUAUUCCAGCAGAAGGAAAAUCUUGAGCCAGGUUCUACCCAGUCGAAUGGGUCUGUCUCGCCGUGGGGGUUCGCUGCUCUUCUCGCCCCUUCAGUCGCCUCAGGAACCGGGGUGAAGAGUCGCAGGAAGAAAAAAACAGAACCUGCUAGCUCACGAAUAAAGAACCUGUUAGACUCUCUGAAGAUUAAAGGUGGUGAAACUGUUGCAAAGAAGGGAAGUGCAAACUCUAGUAGGUGAUGCGGUCAAUAAAUCUCACUCACCCUGAAGGAAAAGGACCAGAUAUAUAUAUAUAUAAAAAACUGACUAACUUGUCCUAAGGGGGAAACAGAUGUGAAGUUUGUGUUUUUCUACAGUAAGAAUCUGUAAGUCUUUUAAGAGCAGUUAAAACUAAGCUCAGCCUCCUUUUCACUAAAGUAUUUCACAUGAAAGAGAAACUUUGUAGAUCCCAACAUGAUAUAACAUCGAAAGAGGUCCACUGUGGUUUUUGACUCUUAGGGAAUAGAAGCCUAAUGGUUGUUGUGUUGAUCUGAUAACUGCAAUCAUUACAGCCUCCGCAGAACCUCUGAACACUAAAAGGUUUGCAUGGAACCAAUAUGAUUUGUUAGAUCACACACGCUCCCAUCAUCGUUUCUGCUCCAUCAUACUAAUACAGUGGCCCCAUAACUUUAUGUAAAAAAAGAAAUCAAGUCAGGUUGUCAUGUCAGUGUCAAGAUUUUGAGAAGUACAAGAAGUAUAAACUACUGUACAUAAAUGUUUUUAUAAAAUAUUAAAACAAAAUAAUUACAAUCAGUUCAUCACUGUUUGUUUUAUUCUUAGGCCUUUUAUUUUUAACUUCAUUCCUAAAUAUACGUUCCUGAGUAUUUUAUAAUUAAUACAAUAUAAUUUAUUUGUUGCAAUUAUGGCUUUCUCAGAAUUUUAUUUAAUUGUUUCUUUCUUACACCAUGAACAUAUCUGGCUCGAUUGGGAUAUUAAAAAUACUUAAUCUAUCAAUGAAAUGGCAGCAACUCUGUGCAUAUUGGACUGGUCAAAGCGAUUUGCUGUAGGUAAAACUGAGCAUCGGCAUGGGGAAGAUAGUUGAAUUAAAGUGUUAGUGUACAGAACUGUUAUUAGUUAGUUACUCUGUUAUAAAUUACUCACUCUAGUCGUCCCAGUCCACUGACACCUUCACUAGUUUUCAGACCUUCACUAGUUUUCUCUGGGAGCUUAGUAUAGUUGAACAAUUAAAUGCACAUUGCAUGUUUUGACUACAAAUUUGGUUUUUUUCCUGAACUUUGAACGUCUCGGGACCAUUGCUGUCUAUGGAAGGUCAGAGAGAUCUUGGAUUUUUUCUAAAAUAUCUUGAUUUGUGUUCUGAGGAUGAACAAAUGUCUUACUUAAUUGAACAACACGAGGGUGAGUAAUUAAUAUCAGAAUAUACAUUUUUGGAUGAAUUAAUCCUUUAAGUGCUAUGAAUGUGGUUGAUGAUAGAAAGGCUAUAGUAACAAAAAAACAUUAGUUGCAUUCAAUGUCUGCAGAAGAGCAUCUUUGAAUGCACAGCUUGAAAACCUUGAAGCAGAUGAGCUAUAGACCAUUUUAAUUUGGUGAUGUGAUUGGCCCAUGAAUAGUUUCUGCUUGUUGUCAAACUUCUUACAACUGUAACAAGAAGCACUUCAGUCAUAACUUAAUGUUAAAAUAGCUAUCAUAACAUUAUUUAUCAAUAUGUGGCUCUUUUUGGAUUUUUGGAAGCUUACCACCUUAGUAUAUUACAAAGCCAUCUAUUAUAAUGCACCUGUCCCAGUUUAAAAAAGGUAAAUCCACCCAAAUGUUUACUAGGAAGAAUUUAUAAAUAUGCAAUGCAAUCUACCAACUUACCAGUGUAUACAGAUGGUUCAAAGUCAGAUGGACGAGUAUAUGCUGCAGCAGUGAUUGGUUCAGAGUUUUUCAAAAACAGUGUUCCCGGACAAAGCUCUAUAUUCACAGCUAAAGCUUGUGCACUGUUUUUAGCUCUGUUACUAAUAGAAAAAAAAGCUGUUUACAAGCAUUUUAAUCAAUGAAAACUGAUCAUCCUAUAAUUUUUAGUAUAACCGAAAAAGUGGACCUUUUAAUGAAAAAAGACUUUGGUAUUAUAUUCUGCUGGAUACCUGGACAUAUGGGAUUCAUUGGAAAUGAAUGUGCAGAUAAAGCAGCUAAGGAAGCCCUACAGUUGGAGAUUACAGAAUGUAAAAUACCUGUAUCUGAUGUUAAACCCAUUUUAAAUCUGUAUAUUAAUAAGAAAUGGCAAAUGGAAUGGGAUGAAUAUUGGUAUAACAAAUUGUAUGAAGUGAAUCCAUUUGAAAGAAUGAAAGAAAUAAUUAUGACUUUGAAAAUAGACAUGACCAGGUUGUACAUACGAGAUGUAGAAUUGGACACUCAAGACUUACACACGCAUGUUUAUUAAAAGGGGAAGAAAAACCUA